AUGCCCGGGGCACGUAGCGCUCGUCGGGUAGCGCACUGGUCGUACGACGCGCUCCGUGGGGUCCUACUCCCCGCAGCGCGCUCGAUUCGCGCUCGCUCGGGCCGGCUCUGCGGUUGCCGCUUUAAUCCAGCCCGCGCACCGCGUCCGCGCGCUCCCGACCGCUACCGCCCAAAGCACGCGCAGCCAUACCCGCGCGCGCAGCAGCUCGUCGCGAGGGUGAGGCUCGCGCGCCACGUGUCCGUGGUGCGCUGCCUCGGUCACGCCGCGAACGAGCCAUGCUCUGCUGGCCGGGAGGCCUGGGUGCCCCGCGCCGACGGUCGUGCAGCACGCACGGCCCGCCGUACUCACAGGAGGCGAUCGCCGCAUGACGUGGCACCGCCACGUCACACAUGCGAAGCGCGCGAUCGCGAGCACGGCGGCAUCUGCGGGGAAUAG